CCCUCCUAAAACCCCUACCUCCCUGUUCUCUCCCCCGCCGACGGCGCAGCCAAAACUCGCACGACCUACCCAGCCCCAAAUCACGCGAACGACGAUCACGCCGCCGCCGCUGCCGCUGCCGCCAUGGGUUCUUCCGUCAGCCACGCGGCUGCUCCUCCUCCCCCACCUCCCGGCUAUUCGGCCCCUGCUCCCGCCUAUACGGCCCCUCCCCCCUACGCCGCGGUGAACGACCCGCUGUUGAUGCCGCAGGCGGAGGCCAAGGAGGAGGAGGAGGAGAAGGUGGACUACCUGAACCUCCGCUGCCCUGUCCCCUACGAGGAGAUCCAGCGAGAGGCCUUCAUGGCGCUAAAACCGGAGCUGUUCGACGGGUUUCGGUUCGAUUUGAACAAAGUGUUCGGUGAAAAAUUCGCUUUGAACCAUAGUCUGUCCAUGGGAUCCCUGGAGAUCCCGUCGCAGGGAGCUGAUGUGAUCAAAGUUCCUACCUCUAGUUACGAGUUUGGAGCCAGCUUUGUUGAUCCCAAGGUGAUGCUUAUCGGUAGGAUCUCGCAAGACGGAAGGCUGAAUGCACGUGUCAAGUACGAUCUCCCAAGCGGUUUUUGCUUAAAGAUAAAUGCUCAGUUGACAAACGAGCCCCAUUACUCCCAAGGCAUGGGUACUCUUGAUUACAAGGGCAAGGACUCUAGAUCCCAAUUUCAAUUUGGGAAUAAUGGCUUCUUUGGUGGGAACUACAUCCAGAGUGUCACGAAGAACCUCUCCUUGGGAACUGAGGCUUUUUGGCUUGGAGAGCAAAGGAAAUCAGGAGUUGGUUUUCUUGCUAGAUACGACACCAAGAAAAUGGUUGCAACUGGACAAAUUGCAAGCACUGGUGUGAUUUCACUGAGUUAUGUUCAGAAAGUAUCUGACAAGGUUUCUCUUGCGACUGAUUUCAUGUACAAUCAUAUGUCAAGAGACGUAACAGCAAGUGUCGGUUAUGACUAUAUCCUGAGACAGAGUCGCUUGAGGGGAAAGUUGGAUACCAAUGGUGUAGUUUCUUCUCUAUUGGAGGAGCAAAUGGCUCCAGGCCUCAAUUUUAUUCUUUCUGCAGAGGUCGAUCACUGGAAGAAAGAUUACAAAUUUGGGUUUGGCCUGACCUUUGGAUAGUAAGAUAACAGGUGGAAUUUUUUAAGGGAGGCAUGCACUAUUAUAGCGCAUUUGUCGAUAAGAAUCAGACGUCAUUGGUUUUGCUUCCAUUUUGUUUUGUGCUAUUGAUUUGGCUGCUGUGCCCUCUGGCCAAUGGAAAGGGGCCUCACUGUAACCAGGUUCUUCACUUUUCGAAACGAUCGGCGCCUAGAUUAAAUUUAGUUAUGCGCUCAAGUUUGACGGGAACACGCUCCCUGAAAUAUUCGUUCUAUCCAACCAUACCAAUUUGUGUAUUUACAGGGGAUGCAUGUACUAUAGCGGCUGGCACCGAGAUAUGUGUUGUGUUUGGAAAAAAUGGAUGUUUUUUUCCGAGAAA